AAAAUGUAAACCUACGUGGUAAAAAACCCAGAACCCACGUAAUCGAAUCUCAUAGGUGAUAGUUAUCACGUAUUUAAAUUCUAUUCAGUCUACCGGGUAUUCAAAAAGUUUUAAUAAUUUGGAGAUAACCCGGACUAUUAUAAAUCCUAGUGACGGCUGACAGAUAACAGAUGAUCCACGAUUGUACUAUGUCAACUAUUAUUACUCGGUGGAUUUAUUAGUUUAAAUAAUUGAUAAGACUGAAUAAAUGAUUACUUGCGGUGCAACGGGAAGUUUCACAUGUGUUUUGUUAAGAAAGAUAAGAGGCUGAUUGUGUACGUGACUUAAAUGCAUACAAAUUGCACUGACGAUUGUCGACAGUUUUUAUAAUGAUAAUGAUAAUCAAGGUUUAAAUAAACAAUUUUAGUUGUUAUUUUUUUUGUAAGUCAAAUGUUGGCGGAAAAUAAGUUUGAAGUUUUAAUUGUUCGACGAUCGCUAUUACAUGCUAGAAUAUAGUGACGUUGCUAUAGUAGCAUAUGUAUUUUAAAUGCAAUAAUAAUUUUAAUUGUUGGUUGUUAAAAUGUCACGAUUAAUUUUUUUAAUAUUUAUAUCAAUUGUUAAUUUGACGCUGGCCAAUUAUUUUGGGUCCCAUAGUCAUAAAAAUGAUCAGUGUUUUUGCAAGUUAAAAGGAUCGAUUGAUGAUUGUAGCUGCAACGUUGAUACUGUUGAUUAUUUUAAUAAUAUGAAGAUAUAUCCAAGACUGCAGAGUCUUCUCUUAAGGGAUUACUUCCGUUUUUAUAAAGUUAAUUUGAAGAAAGAAUGCCCAUUUUGGGCUGAUGAUAGUAAAUGUGCAAUAAGAUAUUGUCAUGUUCAACCUUGUCAAGCUGAUGACAUACCGGUUGGAUUAAAAGGAGACUUACCGAGAGAUCUCCAUCAUCAUGAUGAAGAAAGUCCGUAUGAUAAAUAUUUAGCUGAAAAUAAACUGAAUGACUGUGAACAGACUGCUAGGGAUCAUAAUAAAGAGCUCGGAUAUUUGAAUAGAACAAUUAGCUCAAAGAAUUACAAAGAGUUUGAGCGAUGGCAAUACCAUGAUGACAACUUGGACAAUUUUUGUAUCAAAGAAACGAGCCCUGGUGAAUAUGUUGACUUGCUACUCAAUCCUGAAAGGUAUACUGGAUACAAAGGGCCCAGUGCUCAUAGAAUAUGGAGAACUAUUUAUAUGGAAAAUUGUUUCCGACCUGAUUCUUCGCCGCAUAAUUUUAUAAAGAGCUCUAAAAUAGAUGGAAUGUGUUUAGAAAAACGUGCAUUUUAUCGAGCAAUAUCUGGAUUACAUGCUAGUAUAAACAUACAUUUGUCUGCUAAGUAUUUAUUAUCUAGUCAAGAAGGCAUGGCAUUUGUCCGCGAGAGUAGUGAAUGGGGGCCUAAUCUUCCGGAAUUUCAACGACGUUUCUCGCCAGAGACUACCGGAAAUGAAGGGCCUGGAUGGUUGAAAAAUUUAUAUUUUUUGUAUCUAUUAGAACUACGUGCGCUUUAUAAAGCUGCACCUUAUUUAGAACGGGAACAAUAUUACACUGGCAAUGAAGCUGAAGAUGUUGAUACUAAAAUGGCAGUAAUGGAUAUUUUGCAAGUCGUAAAAUCAUUUCCGGAUCAUUUUGAUGAAAGUCUUAUGUUUAAUGGUGGGUCUGAAGCUCAGGUGUUAAAAGAAGAAUUCAGGCAGCAUUUUAGAAAUAUAUCACGUAUAAUGGACUGUGUAGGAUGCGAUAAAUGUAAAUUAUGGGGUAAAUUACAAGUACACGGCGUUGGGACAGCAUUAAAAGUAUUGUUCUCCGGAAAAUUUGACACGUGGUCGUCUACGCUAAACAAUAUAGAUAGAAAACAAUUUUAUCUUGAUAGAAGUGAAAUAGUUGCUUUAAUUAAUGGUUUUGGAAGAUUGUCCGAGAGUAUAUUCGAAUUGGAGAACUUCCGAAAAAUGAUGAGAUAAUUCCAUCCAA